AUGACAGCAAUGUUCUGCUCAAAAAGCCAGAGACUCUUGACAACAGCCAACGACUGCGACGAUGGCCCUCUUAUUUCUGUUGAUCUGCAAAAGCGGAGGGAGGCGACGCAUGUCCCUGCUCCAGCAGUCCGACCUGCUAGGGAAGCCCCAGCCCCGCCUCCAUGCCUGCGUGGAACCCAUCAGCGGAGGAGCCGGUCGAGCUCGCGGCCGACCGCCUCGCCUCCGCGCUCAAAGAUCGCCCGAGCUUUGAGCCCUCGUAACCGCCGCAUCGGCCUGGGCAUCGUCGGCGACGCCCUCGAGCACCAACCUCCACCGGUGCGCGUGGGUCCUCCUCGACGCAUGCAGCUUGGGCCUUCAACGUCGUCUGUAUAG